CGGAAGUCUAUUGCAGGAAAAAGAAGCUAGCUAUUAGCUAAGCCUACAAGUUUUUUACAGUUUGAUUCAGCGCAGAGCUGUGGCUUGUGACGAACUACUGUCUCGGUGCCGUGUGCAAUAAUCCCGUAUUAUUCUAGCCCCUUCUUGUCUUGAGGAUGAGCCUCCAGUGGACAGCCGUAGCCACCUUCCUCUACGCUGAGGUCUUCUUUGUCCUCCUACUCUGUGUGCCCUUCAUCUCCCCCAAGAGAUGGAGUAAGAUCUUCAAGUCUCGGCUGCUGCAGGCCAUUGCUAGCUAUGGUAACAGCUGGUUCAUGGUGGCCAUAGCCAUCCUGGUGUUCCUGCUCAUUGAUGCGUUCCGAGAGGUGAGGAAGUACAGCGUGACAGAGAAGGUGGACCUGACCAACAACCCCGUGGCCAUCGAGCACAUCCACAUGAAGCUGUUCAGAGCCCAGAGGAACGAGUACAUCGCCGGCUUCGCCCUGCUGCUCUGCCUGCUACUGAGACGUCUGGCCACCCUCCUGUCCCAGCAGGCCACCAUGAUGGCGUCCAACGAGGCGUUCAAGAAGCAGGCUGAGAGCGCCAGCGACGCCGCCAGGAAGUACAUGGAGGAGAACGAAAAGCUGCAGGAGAAGCUGCGUGAUGCCGGUGUUGACAUCCCGGAGGUGGGGAAGAAGGGAUCAGGGGGAGGAGAAGUGAGAGAGGAGAACAAGACUCUGAAGACCGAGGUCAAGUCACUGAAAGAGGAGCUGGAUGCCACCAAGAAAGCCCUGCAGAAGUCUGACAGUGAUGUGAAAGCCAUGAAGAAACAGGCGGGGAACCUGACUGUGGAGUACGACCGCCUACUGGAGGAACACUCCAAGCUGCAGGCCUGCAUUGAUGAUCAGCAGGACAAGAAAUCCAACUAAUAAGGAAGAUGAACCAUUCCUGUAUUACUCUUCAUCAUCACCAAUACUGUCAACAACAUUCAUACCACCUUCACUUUCUGGUCUGUGAGGACACUAGGUUCUAAUUACCCAGGCUUUGAAGGGGAAGCUGUCAUUCUGACCACUUGGACUGCUUCAGAGUUUUAUAAUUCAACUUCUAUAUCUGUGAAAGCUGUUAUGUUCUUGAUUUAUUUUUUAUUUUUUACCAUUUGUAACUGACAGUCCCAUUACUAGAGGGAAUCCCGUUCAGAGCAGGUGGAAUGUGAGUCAGCCUUUUUGUUCUGGUGCUUAGAGGUUUAUUGUAAUAUCAAAUCUUGUCUGUCUGUAGAGAAGGGACCACAAGUUCAAAGUGAAGAGGGGGGUGCAAGUGUGAUGACAGUUAGGAAGCUUGGCCUCUCGUUUUUUCCGUCACGGUUUAUAUCACUGUUUUCCUUUCUUGGAAUAUAUCUUGUUUUCUGCAAUUAAAAGGUUUACGUUGCCUUAUUAUUAUUAUUUUGCUUGUGGAGGCCAGGCGGACUGACUCUGGUGCAUGUGUGUGCUUUCUUCUACGUGCUAAGGGGUAUGGUGGGAUUGGAUAUGCUUUAGGGGAGGUCUCAGUUAUUUGAGUUAUCUAUGGAAACGUCCCUACUCAGUGUUUUUGCGUCCAUCUUUUUGGGCUUUGUGUGAAUGUAGAUUUUCAAUAUUCAUUAUAGUAAUCUUAUUAUGCUCUUGCUUCAUUCCAAUGGUGUGCUGCAGCCAAUAUGCUGUCAGCAGCUCACUUCCUCUGCGUCCUGCUACAAUGUUUUGAGGGACAGACACCCUUAACUUUGUGCUGUUUGACGGUUUACUGACUUUGUCAAUCCUCUCACUGACAACUUUGGCGGUCUUCGAUUGGGUCAGUUUUAAGGUUAGGCCUCUCCUCGACAGAAGCAUGGCGUCAAAGCGGCUGUUUUUCUGCCGCUCUCCUGUACCCCCAGGAAGUGACCCGUGUAGCAGGUUCUCUCGUGCUAUGGCUCGCUGCAGCUCCAGUCUGGGCUGCUUUCAGAGCCUGACCAGUCAGAAUCUGACUUGUCACACGUAGUGGCCAUCUUUGGCUCCAUUCUAAUUGGACGGCAUCUCAUGAGAAACUGUCAGGUGUCGUGUUAGACACUGAAUUGUGUAAUUUAAAGUCUGAUCUGUCCAAAAAAUGUCAAAGAUUGUUUAUUAAAUGGUUGGAAGACAUCUGA